AUGCGGGCGCGUGCAAUUGUAUUACUUCUCUUCUUCGUCGUAUGUAUUCAGAAUGCUCACUGCAACUGCGAUGCGUCGUGCUCUGGAAACAACUGCAGUGCGGGGAACUAUUUGAAUGUAAGCUGUGUGGCCCAUUGCGACAGUAAUACAUGUAAUGCAAAAUGCCACGGUAUCCAGUGUUCGGCGUCGUGCGUCGGCUUAUCGUGCGAAGCGUUUUGCGCAGGCGAGGGUUGCAGUUCUUCCUGCAUUGGUGUCGCCUGCAAGUCACAUUGCAAUGGAAGCGGAUGUCAUUGGAGCAAAAAUAUUUGG